GUCAUUAGAGGUAUUAUUAUAUACCUUUCUUUUAAAAUAAAUUAGUGAUGAAUAAUAUAUGUUAAUGUGUAAGUAUAGUAUGUAUGUAGAUAUAUCGAGGGUUCGAUGUGGAUAAAAGCGAGAGGAGGGUUCCGUUGGAAUGGCUGUCGGAGAGUGUAUAGCAAGUUUGAGUCAGUUGGUGUAGAGACUCCAUGGAGAGCGCUUGUUGUUGUCUAAUGUCACUCAAUAUCCCUUCAAUGUCAAUUACUGUCUUCUACUUUGGUCGAUUGUACCAUUCGCGCUUGACAUUGACACACUGAUAACUACAUGGAUUAAAUAUAUCUGUAUAUAUAUAACCAAUGGUGUGCAGCGUAUACGGCGCGAAAUUAUUUUUUUAAUUUUUUUCGUUAAUUAAAAUUGCAAUGAUGGCGUACGAUUAUCCUUAUCCAGUAUCGAGAACUCAUCAAUAUAAAAAGAUUACGAAGCCAAUGUUGGAGAGAAAAAGGCGGGCUCGGAUUAAUAGAUGUUUGGAGGAAUUGAAAAAUCUUAUGGUUGAUGCUUUGGAGACUGAAGGUGAAAAUAUAAGUAAAUUAGAAAAAGCAGAUAUUCUAGAACUCACUGUACGUCAUCUUCAAAGACUCCAAGCUUCCAGAGCAUCGGAAGGAUCCUCGUCACCGAACGAAGAAACAUUGGCAGAAAGUCGUUGGCAAUCAGGAUUCGGACAGUGCGCCGCCGAAGCAUGCAAAUAUCUCGCCGCGCUUCCGGGCGAGUCUGGUCAAAAAUUAGCUCGUCAUUUAGCCUCAGGACUCCAAUCGAAACGAAAAUUAAACACUUGCAUAUUACCAGUACAAGAAACAUCUCUGAUAAUUGUUAGUCCAGAUAAUUAUCAUAAAGUCGGUCAGCAAUCUCUAUGGGAGUCAUCGUCAACAUCAUCGUCAACGUCACUGUCAAUGACGCCCAGACUCACUUCCUCUCCAAUCGAUUCAUCAUCCGAGAAACAGAACAUAUCUAAUGACAAUAAUAAUAUUAACAAUAUGAACAAUAAUUUAAUUAUAAAUAAUACUUUACCAGUAAGUUCUCAGGCAUCAAAUGAAGCCGAAUGUCCACAAGUAUCAGGAUCAGUUGAUGACAAUAUAAAUCGUGAUAUAUUAUUAAGUAAAACUGUGAUUGUAGAAAAGAUAAAUUACGGAAAUGAUAAUAAUGAGAGUGAUGGUGAUGAAGAGAUUGAAAUAGAUGUUGAAAAUGUUGAUGAUACUGAUACUAUGUGGAGGCCUUGGUAGUUAUUAAUAAAUAUAUGAUUUAAUUAAUUGAUAAGUAUUUAUUAAUGAUUUCGUUAAAUUUUAAUCACUAUGAGUUAUAGAUAUUGACUAUAGGUUUAUUCUAUUGAUAAUUUUAUUGACCACAGUUGAAUUAUUAUUUUUACUAUCAGAAAUAAUAUUUACUGGCCCAGUUAUAUUUUUAUAUUUCACUCGAAAUAUUAUCGCGUUACUAAUUCUAGAAGAACAUAUUUUUAUUCGCCCUUUUGGCUUUAAGGAGCACCCUAAAUCCAAAAAGGCAUAGGAUUUUUUUUUCAUCGCCAAUUGUUUGAUAAAUUUAUUUUAGAGAUAAAAAUUAAAAAAAAAUAAUUUGUAAACCUAAAGGACGCAUGGGUUAAAUUGUAUGCCUUUUUGGCUUUCAAAAAUUUUUUUCAAUUUUUAGCUCUAAAAUAAGUCUCCAAAAUGAUUUCUAGUAAAAAAAUAUACGUCCUUUGGGUUCUACAUUGUAAGAAAUUGGGAGUGAAUUUGUAGUGCACAGAAAAAUAAUACUUGAAAAAUUACAGUUCGAAUAGUAAAAAUAGUCAUUUCGAACUCAAUAAUAUAAAAAUUGCAGCUCAUAGCCUAAUUAUUAAUAAAUAUUGUGAGAAUUAUAGUAUAAGCUACAAUUUUGUACUUGAGAGUACGAAAAAAUGUUUUUACUGUUAAAACUCUAAUUUUUAAGCUAUUAUUUUUUCUGUGUGAUUACGAAUUUUAUUUAAAUCCAAAUUCACUCUGUUACUCAGAGUUUUGAAGUUUUUAAAAAAUUACUUAUGCAGCGGGUUAGUCUUGAUUUUAUUUAAAACCGCAUUCUCUGAUUUAGAGUUUUAAUAUUAAAAUAAACUCCCCUUCGGAGUAAAUAUCACUCCGAGGGGAUUAAAUAAAUAAAAAGUUAUCCGCUCCACAUUCACCUUGAAUUUAAUCUGCGUCCAUUCCGAAAAUUUUUUACAGUGUAGGAAGCUCGCUAAAGCCAAAACGACAUAAAAAUUUAGAUCCUUAUGGAAUUAGUAACACGAUAUGAUAUAUUGCAAUAAUUAAUACUCAUAAUUUUUGUUAAUAUUAUCAUAAUAAUUAAUUAAACAAAUUAAUCAAAAAUGCGUUCUACAUUAGGAAUAACUUUCUUAAAACUAUCAAUUUAUUUAAGAGUUAUGAUAAAUAUGAGCAAACGUUUUGGUACAUGGCUUUAACUUAAUUAAU